AUGAAGAAGUUUUUCGACGACAUCAAGAAGGACAUCAAAUUCAAAUCAGCGGGUCCAGGGAAGAAACUUACUGAGGAUGCGAGUAGUAAGACUCCAGUGGGUCAGACUAGCAGCCAGGCAAAGCCUCGUCAUGCGCCCAGUGAAAGCGCUCAGAGAGCCGGAGCUGCAGCACUGGCACGAGUGGAGCAGCACCAGCGGCCUCACGUACACACUUCACAGGAUGCCAUCAGGAACCAGGUGAGGAAGGAGCUUGAGGCAGAGGCUGCUGCCACAGCAGCAGGACAUAAAAGCAUGGAUGCGGAGGUUCCAGUGAAGGACCCUUCAUGUUUCUCUGUUUCUGGAGUGUACUUUAUCUGCCCCCUGACUGGGAAAACCUUAACAAAGAGCGAGAGAGAAGUGCACAUUAAAGAGGCCAUUCUCCUUAGAUUCUCUGAAAAUCCAGUGGAGGCUUCUGUUAUGAUGAUCCAUACUUUCAACAAGGACAGGGAGAAAGUUAAGGCGGCUGUGGACAUCAUCAGCAAAUACGUUGACAACAUAUGUAAGAACCCAACAGAAGAGAAAUACAGGAAGAUCAAGGUCAGCAACAAGGUGUUUCAGGAGAAGGUCAGUGGAAUUGAGGGGAGCCGGGAGUUCUUGCAGGCACUGGGAUUUGAGAGUGCCAUGCUGCCAGUGGAUGGGCAAGAGGGCACUGAAGAGUUCCUAGUUCUGGCGGAACAGGAGGCUGCGGCUUUGGAGCAGAUGAAGGAGAGGAAGGAGCAACUGCAGAAUGGAGAGCCUGUCCGAGCCAAGCUGGACCGCCAGCCUCAAGUCUACAGACCCUCACAACAUGCCACACGUUUCGAGCUGCCUCCAGAUUUCUACAACCUGACUGCAGAGGAGUUGAAAAGGGAACAGCAGAUGAAAAGCGAUAUAGUUGAGAGAAACUCCAUGCUGCGGACAAAAGCCAUGCGGGAAAAGGAUGAGCAAAGGGAGAGAAGGAAGUACAACUACACUCUCCUGAGAGUACGGUUACCAGAUGGGAAUAUACUACAAGGGACUUUCCUGGCCUGGGAGAGAGUGGCAGCGCUGUAUCAGUUUGUGCGAGAUUUGUUGGAGAAUGGCUGGCAGCCCUUCGAGCUGUUGGCACCUGGUGGCCAGAAACUGAAGGAAGAUGAGGACAUGGCACUGAAUGAAUGUAACCUUGCCCCUGCGGCUCUCCUGACCUUCUCGUGGGACGCUGCGGUCCAGGCAGACAUCGCUGCUGCCGGAGGACAGAGCAGUUCAGUGCUAAAGCCAGAACUGCUAGAGAACAUUAAGACCCUGAGCUGAACCCCAGCUCUGCUCCCCUUCUGCUCUCCCUGCCUGUGCCUCCUGUUUCCACUCUUAACAGCCCUCGUUCCCUGCUGGAGUCCAUGCAACCCUGAGUUCAGUUUCACAGGCUCAGAGCAUUACGGCAAGUGCAGAUAGGCUGUUACAGAAUGAGAAAUGUGGGAGAACUUCAUGGUUAGUCAGUGAUUAAACAGUUUAGCAAUGACUCCUUUAGACAGUCAUUGCUAAAGAUAGGAGAGACGGCACUUUUACAGCUGAGCAAAGGCGCGGUCGCUUUGUUAUCUGACUGAACGUGAUGGUUUCUCAUUCAAGAAGGAUUUCUAUUAAGUGUUCAGUGUAUUGUCGAUAUGCUGGAGAAUGAAAUCAUUUCUAUUGCACUGUGAUAUGCUGCUGUAAAACCAGUCUGUGUAUUUGAACCUGUGUUUUACUUAAGUUUGUUUUUAAACACAUAUGUGGAACAGAUUAAAGCACUUUGGCUACUUUAACAACAGAAUCAUUAAACAUGCUAUGUUAAAACUAAUCUGCAUUAUCAGAUGUUGAUAGCAAGUGUACUAAACUUUUUUUGUCCAGUUGUCAUUUUGCUUAUUCUCUUACUCAUUUCACAUUAAAUACCUUUAACAACUCUGAAAAGGAAAAAGAUCUACAUCAUGACAACAUUGCAAAAGGAUUGCAUUCUGAAUACUGCAGAAACCAGGAUGACAACAGUCUACCUCCUCACAAACCAGCAAAUGUCCACUCCCAUUCUGCGUGAAAAUAUUUGAGAUUGCAGUCAUGAAAUUAAUUCACCCAAGUAGCUAGACUGUCCUGCAUUGUUUAGCGGUUUCCAGCAGCAGUAACGGACAAGUGUGCAACCUGCUUGUUAAAAGGUAUUUGCUUCUGCUGUGGGACAAGUUUUAGUUGAAAGUAUAACUGAAAAUGAUGGAUAGCACAAGAAAAAGAAUACCUUAUACUUUGUCUACAGUAGUUUUGUUCUGUUGCUUCAACUAAUUUACUGUAUGUAAUAAAGUUUAAAAGUUGCAUCGUCA